GGGCUGCAGUCAGAUAAGUUAGACGUAGUUUUUUUGCUGCUGCGGGAAGUAAUAUUACACUGGCGUUUCAGUCUGUGCGGUUUUUCAUCAAACUACCGGACUUAUUCCAGUCAAGAUCCACGCCUCUCAGCUCAGUUAGUCAGCUAACUCUGUGACGUUCUCGUUAGCGUUGUUGACACGACAGGAAAGAUCCUCGCUAACUUAGCACUGAAGUUAACGUUAGCAGCGUCGAGCAAAUAACGGACUACCCAGUUAGCUAACGCCAGCUGCCUAACACCUAGGCCAGUAGCCACAGGUUAAAGACUGACGUUGUAAUCUAGUUUUUGUCCUCCCGGGAUAUUGUUCAGUCGGCGUUUUGUUCAGCUCGCCUGCUAUUUUGCCGCGGUAUCUGUUAGCAACGUUUGAGUGAGGCUAGCUGAGCUAAGUUACCGUUCAGAGCAAGAAGGAAAAAUCGCUGCGUCGUGGUCAAAACUGGAUCGGCGUGUGCUUCUCAAAGUUGACGUUCCCAUUAUGACGAAGUAGCUGUCGGAUAAGAAAGCUGCUAUGGUGUCUGCGAUACUGCUGCACCUGCCAAGUUGAAGAACUGACAGUGAGACACCUGAUCCGGAAUGAAGGCCCUCGGAUCCAGAUUCUCCUUUUAUGCGGGUUUUGUGGUGGGAACCUUCACACUGUACGUGUUUCUGCGGCAGGUGUGGUUUGAGAGGACUUUGUCAGCUCAGCAGGUCAGCAGCCUUAACAAACCUCAUGACUACCAGCAACAGCUUGAGGAAGAGAGGAAAAUCUGGAAGAAGGAGAGGUCGGCUCUUUUCAACCUGAAGCACCCUCAUCACAGAGGUGAGGAUAGCCGCAUGGCUGAUGAACUAUACAAAAAGGUGCGCAUUCUUUGCUGGGUGAUGACUGGACCCAACAACUUGGAGAAGAAGGCUCGGCAUGUGAAGGCCACGUGGAGCCGUCACUGCAACGUUGUGGUGUUCAUGAGCUCUGUGGAUGACCCCGACUUCCCCACUGUGGGAUUAGGUACAAAGGAAGGUCGGGAUCAGCUGUACUGGAAAACAAUCCGGGCCUUCCACUAUGCCUACGAGCAUCACGGCCACGAGGCAGAUUGGUUCCUCAAGGCAGAUGACGAUACCUUCGUAAUAGUAGACAACCUGCGGUGGGUUCUUGCGAACCACACACCGGAGGAGCCGAUUUACUUUGGCCGAAGAUUCAAGCCCUACACCAAGCAGGGCUAUAUGAGUGGUGGAGCAGGUUAUGUGCUGAGCAAAGAGGCUCUGCGGCGAUUUGUAGAAGGUUUUAAAAGCAAACAGUGCACUCACACUACCUCUGUAGAGGACUUGGCAAUGGGGCAGUGCAUGGAGAAAGUUGGGGUGCUAGCAGGAGACUCUAGAGACACUGUGUACAGGGAGACAUUUCAUCCCUUUGUACCUGAGCAGCACCUCACUGCCAAGUUCCCAAAGAGCUUCUGGUAUUGGAGCUACUGCUACUACCCCAUCUCAGAGGGUCCAAACUGCUGCUCAGACGUGUCGGUGUCUUUCCACUAUGUAGAUGCUUCGCAUAUGUAUUUACUGGAGUACUACACCUAUCACCUGCGUGCCUUUGGCUACAGAUACCGGUACCAGCCCCCAGCCCCACUAGGCUACAGUAUUGAGCAGUCAGGGUCCUGGGACGCUGCAGAAGAGGGUGAUGAUCUGUCCAGGACUGACAAGAGACAGGAUGCAGAUCACCCUCCUGCAGCUGGUAAACACCCCCCUGUUGCGUCAGUGGACAAAUAACAGUAGGACUGAGUGGGUGUGUGAAGGGAACUGUCAUUAGGAAGAGGGGGUGUGUGUGUGUGUUUUUAAUGUUUGCUUAUUCACUCUGAUAAUCUUGGCUCAUAUUUCUACAAAAAUGGGGAAAAAGAAAACACGCAUUUGUAUUUCUCCACAUACAAAUGCAUUGCCUGAGGAUUCUGGAGCUGAAGGACUGCUACUUAUGUAAACUGUGACUGCAAUACUGGUCUUUAAUGUAAGAGAUUUAUGACCUUUACCCUCGUUUUUCAGGUUUGUUAAAUGGUUUUUACAACUGAGUGUCUUCUUUAAAAGCUGAGAACAGCCUUAUGUAGGCUGUAUUCAUUUGAAAACUAACUAAAGCACCUUUUUAAUCCCUAUCAACAGUUAGUAUUUUCCAGAGCCAGUUAAAUUUGAUUUUGCCAGUGUUUUGUUUUAACCCUCACUUAACUGCUGCAAGACCACCAAAGCUUGAUCACCCCCUUCAUCUUGACUUAAUUUCACGCAUAGAGAACUACGUGCCUGCUUAUGAGACCCAAGUAUAUGUUUUGAGCUGAUCAUACGAAUGUCAGAUUUAAAAAAAAAAAAAAAAAAA